UUUCUGUUGCUCUCGUAGCACAACUUUUCAUCCACAGCUGAAGCUUGUGAAAAGCUUCUAAACGUAAUAUCUUUAUAUAUAUAUAUACAUAUAUGUGUGUAUAUAUAUGACCAUCUUCAUGUGUUCACACGAGUGAAGUGAGUUUUCGUUAUCGGAAUGGACGGUAAAGUCAUCGGACCGGGUCCCUACAGAGCGACCAAGCUGUGGAAUGAAACCAUCAAACUCUUCCGUGGAGGCAUGCCGCUGAAAAGGCACUGGGCGCAUUUCCGCUACUAUGAUUGCAGUUUCACGGGAUCCGAGGCUGUGGAAUACCUGCAUGAACUGCUUCGGCGCAACUACAACUUCGGGCCUGAGGUGACGCGCUACCAGACCCUGCAACUGCUCAGGAAGUUCCUCAAGGCCCACGUCAUUGAAGACAUCAAGGGACGCCAUGGGACAGAGGACUUUGAAGACAACGGCCAUCUUUACAGGUUCCCCACCUCGUCCCCCCUGAAGUCUUUUCCAGCGAGGCCUGCGUGGAGAGAUAGCACUGACCUCCCUAGACUCAUUCGCUGGGAUGACUACGAAGAAUUGCCUCAGCGGGAAAACGUCGCGCCCCUGAAGCCUUCCGUCAUGACCUCAGAUUUGUGGAACAAGAGGCACAGCGUAGCUAUCGGGGAUGUGAAUGAGUGCAAGCUCAUACGAAGGAAGGAGAUGACUCCGAAGCAAGUGGACCACAUCUGGAAAUCCAUGACGGUUGCACAUUUACAGAGAGUGCUGGGUCUGCAGUCAUUGGAUGGAGUUUUGAACCCUACGCAUGUCAACGGCAAGCACAUAGUUCACAAUGUGUUCAGCGUAAACAAGACGGGAAUAGUGGUACUGGAGAACAAAGCAGAGGACAUGCCUUAUUGGGUGGUAUCAGCAAUGAAAUGCCUCGCCAAUUGGCCCAAUGGCAACGACAGCAAGCAGCCAGUGUACCCGGGUUUUGAGAGGGACGUUCUGAGAACAGUAGCAGAUUACUUUCAGAGGCUCAACGAACCCCUGCUGACUUUCCAUCUCUACGAAGUCUUUGUCAAUAUUCUCAGUCUGCUGCCCGAGCAGCAAGUCGCCACUGAGGCCCUUCAGGUCAGCUGUCUCCUGCUGCCGCCACCCAGCCGCAGGCGCCUCCAGCUAUUGAUGCGUCUAAUGGCUCGGGUCUGCCAGAAUCCCAACCUGCCUCCACUCAAUGAUGCCAUUGCUACCCGCACCCUGAUGGUGCAGACAUUCUCACACUGCGUCCUGGGCUCCGCGGAUGAGAUGGACCUGGACGAGCUGCUCGCCACUAAACUGGUGAUCUUCAUGAUGGAGCACCACAACACCAUCUUCCAAGCUCCAUCCAAGCUGCGUUGCCAGGUGGAGGAGCACCUGUCCCACUUCAAAAGAGUCCAAAUCAAAUAUGCAGGUUCAGAUACAGACUCCAGAUCUCCAGCUUUCUGUAAGCAGAUCCGCCGGGUGGAGUCUGAUGAGCAGAAGGUGGUAGGAACCCAGACCCCCCUGCAGGCGUUGCUGGAGGGCCUGAUAGCAGACAAAGAACUCCCCGCCAAGGACAAGAGGAAAAGGCUUAAACAGUUCCAGAGGUCGUACCCAGAGGUCUACCGCAGUCGAUUUCCCACUGAAGAAAGCAAGGCUGCUGUAGUACCUGAGAAAACGCCACGGCUCAAACCGCAUCUCGUGUUCUUCAACCUCAAGAAGCCCUUCCAGCCCUUCCAGAGGAGCUGGAGUUUUAGGGCGUGAUCUUCACAUCAGGCUGCACACACGACUCCCAGCAAUGUGGCUGCUCUGGUACCCGGACGUAGCUCAGGUCACAAGAAAAGCACAAAGAAAAUAAAUGUAAGGGCCAGUUUACACACAUGCACACACUAAUAAUACCAGCAGUAAUAUUAAUCAUUGUAAUACACAUUCCCAUCAAUGUGGAGGACAGAGCUGCAGAUACAUUUCACUGAGGUCGCUGGAGAACUUGAACAAAGUGUCUAAUGAGACACUAACACUGAGAACCACGGACGUUUGUUACAAUCCGCACUAAUAGUUGUUCAAACAUUGUGUAUUGGUACGUUGUUUCUUAUUGAUAUUAUUAAUAAUAAGAUACUGUAUGUUACGAAGAUCAAUAAGGGAUGGCAGUGACUAACGUUGUCACAUUUCAAAUGAAUGAAAAUACUGUUGGCUGUUAACAUUAUGGAUGUUUAAAGGUAAUGAUCAAGUGCAUCGUAAACUAUUUCUAUAGAUGUGUAGCUUUGCACUGUAACGAAAAUAUUCAAAUGCAUUUCUUGGUACAAAUGGCUCUUCAAAGAUUACGUAAUAUCCUGAGGAUUUUGUAAUUACUUUUUGGUCAAGUGGUCAUUAUUAUGUUAUAUUAAGGCAACUCCGCCUGAUCUAUGUGUUUUAAACGGUUACGUAAUGUCGAGGAAACGUAUCGAGUGUUGUGCUAGAGAGCGAGUGUCUGUGACACCUUCUGGAACACAGACGCUGUAGUUGAGCUUCAGCUGAUCGGUUGUAGAUAAAAUUGCUGUAAAACGGGGACUACUCCAUUUGAAAUGUUGAUCUGCUGAAUACUAAUGUCCCAACAGGGAAAAAUAGAAAAAAUGUCCUGCUGUACGUGCACUCUAACGAGUCAUUCCAUGUGUUUUUGGGUGGUUAUUCUGGGUAUAGGAAGGUAUUUUGUAAUGUUCUAUAACCUGCUGUUCUGUCAUGUCGAUCAGGUGGUUUUUCACUUAAUUUGAGACUUAAUUUCUUUCAACUAAGUGAGGUUGCUAAUGUUCUUUUUUUAUUUUUUAUGAAUGCUUUUAAAACAAAUGUAAUAAUGCUGGAAUAACUGUUACACUUGAAUUACUGCUCUGCGCUGGAAAGAAAACA